CUUAUAUCCACGCUGCCGCUCUUCUUGUUGACCAGCGUUGGUCACGCGACACCAUGAUGCGCUCUCUAUUCACCUCGAUGGUCGUGACAUGUGCUGCCGCAACAGCCAACUUGGAACCCGCCGCUCAGCCAGCGGCUGUACACGAGUUCGAGCGUCGUUACACUGACGCCCAAAUACACAACACCUCAAGCAGCACGGCCUGCGCGAAAGUGCAUGUUAUAGUCGAUCGCGCAACCGGUGAACCGCCAAGUCAGGGUGUCAUUGGCACUCUGGCUACAAUUAUCGCGACGCGGAUACCAGGCACGACAGUGGAAUGGGUCGACUACCCCGCCGUACUCGUUCCGUACGACCAGAGCACGAACACAGGCAUAACGAUGACCAAGGAUUCGAUCACAAGCUACGCAGACAAGUGUCCGAACGCCAAAAUUGUGAUGCUGGGCUACUCGCAGGGUGCACAGGUCGUCGGCGACGUUCUGUGCGGGGGCGGCGGCGCUUUAGGUCUAGGACCUUAUACCGAUCCUCUUGAGGAAAACUACGUGAAAAGGAUUGCUGCGGCCGUGCAGAUGGGCGAUCCAAGAUUCGUGCCGGGCAUGCCAUGGGAUAGGGGAACCGCCGUGACAGGAGGCAUCUUCCCAAGACAGCCAAAUCAAACUUGUGAAAGGGUCGCCUCCAUAUUGGUUUCGUAUUGCGACGCCAAUGAUCCCUUCUGCGCUGUCCCCGGCUUCGAUUACAACGUACACGCUACCUACGAUAUCCGAUACAACGAGGACGCAUUCAACUUCGUGGAAGGCAAGAUCAAUGGCAGUACAACGGGAAAGAAGGGAGACAGUACACGACAGUCGCCGCGCUCAAGUGCGUCGUUACUGGCUCUAGCUAUGCUUUUCGUAUUUUCGUCAGUCUUAUGAAAACAGUAAGACGAGGAGAAUGUUUUGUGGGCCUUUCCCUUUUGCCAUGGUUACAGGCAUCCUUCCGUAUACGAUGGCUAUGACAUGAUAUUAUCCUCUUGUAAUAAACUCUCUCUGGGCUGCAUUGAUUGGGAUGGAUGAUCUGGCCUGGUUUUGAAUGGAUCGUUGGACUUGCACUGUUGCAUUGAUGAUUUCGACCUCUGGCCGAAUGUAUGAAUCGUGUUCGUAAGCGCAGAUUUCAUAGCAGACGCAUGGGAUGAUCCAAUAUGACUUAUGUGACUUUAGC